AUGCCCUUUGCUGCUGGAUCUCGCGCUGAGAUUAACGAGCCUUCCAUCUCUCUGGGUGGCGAGGUGACCCUGACCCAAGCAAUCUCCACCCUCCACGUUUACCGUGCCAUCUCCCAGCCCGCCUACAUCUUGGCCCCCCAGACAGACAUCUUCGGCUACGCCUUCGCUAUGACCGCUAGCUCCAGUCCCUCAGCGGGCUUGACUGACUUCGGCGCUGAGUUGGAGGAGCUUGCCCGGCGAGUUGAGGUCUUUGCCGGGGACAUUUUGGGCAAAUCAGCAUCAAGUGGAGAGAUCUUAGCCCUGUUUGGAUACCACAACAAUGACAAGUACCGAGAUAAGAUCGGCAGGCAACAUCCACUGUCCAAGGGUUUGAGUGGACUCUUUUUUCGCGCCUUGCAGUUCAUAGCUCACCCUCAUUUCCCAGAAGCCAUCAUCGGGCAGUUCUACAGGAACCUCCUGAUUUGGAACGAGCAAGGCUUUAUGUAUCAGAUUCUCCUGAUGCUCCUUGUCAUGCUGGGCUAUCCCGUCAUCUGUCUGUUGUACAUUUUCUUUCCAGUCCCAAAAGUGGUUAGAUUCGCCAGGAAUCCGUACGUGAUGUUCCUGAUGUACUCAGGUUCAGGAAUCACCUUCCUCACCCUCAUCAUUGCUUUGACUGUGAUCGAUAAGGUCAACAACUAUCAGGCAGCGGAGGGGAUGUAUGCACUGCUUCUGGUUUGGAUACUCGGUAUGAUGUGGCAACACAUGAAGAAACUAAUGAAGCAUGGCCUGAAGGAAUAUCUGUCUGAUAGUAUGCGCAUCGUAGAAGCUAUCAUCAUAGCCUUGUACGUCACGGUCUUCGUCCUUCAGUGGAAUGGACAGAUCAAUAUUAUCUCGAAUGUCGUGCUUCGUCGCUCCGCACGUCACAUCGACAGCAGCAACUUCACGGAUCUGCAAGACCAUGUGUCGACAGUCCUGUCGGGUUUCCAAGGCCGACUGAACGACACUCUAGCCGAGGGUGUCGACGGGAUACUCACGGGGGUUUUCUCCAACUGCCACCCCAUGACAGGUGUGAACAACGUGGCUGAAAUGCCAUCCCUGACACCCCUUCAACAAGUAGUAGUCGACUAUGACCAGUUCGAGCCUGUCAUCGUGGCCCAGACUCUCUUUGCGGUCACCAUUGUGAUGUCCUUCAUUCGCUUGACGAAUAUUUUGUUGGUCAGCGAGACGGUCGGCCCGCUGCGCAUCUCUCUCGGCGCCAUGGUGGGGGACAUCCUCAAGUUCUGCGCCAUCUUUGUGGUGAUCUGGAUAGCCUUCGCAAUCGGUCUGUACAGCAACUACUACUCUGCCGGGCAGGCGGCAUCACGCCCGUGCUUUGCAGAUGGUGGCAGUUGGGAAGACUGCGCAUUCUUGACCGGCUUCUCAACACCUUUGGAUACUAUUGCGAGCCUGUACUGGUCUUUAUUCGGGAUGAUAGAUCUCGACGUUCUUGAGCUGACUGCCCACUACUCCGUGGCCGAGUUUGUCGGCACGUUCCUGUUCCUCGCCUACCACAUCGUUGCCGUGUUGGUCCUUCUGAACGCCCUCAUCGGUAUGCUGUCCAACACGUACAACUUAACAGAGGAGCACGCUGACACGGAGUGGAAGUUUCACCGUGCCGCUGCCUGGACCUCCUUCCUGCGCCCCGUGGGAACACUCCCGCCUCCCUUCAACCUGAUCCCGUCCGUUAAGAGUUUGUUCGGCUUCUGCAGAUACAUUGUAGGAAUUUGGCUCAAAUGCGCACGACGAAAACAAGUCAACCGGAAAGACAAAUACUCCAAAGAAGAGCUUGCUGGGUACACGCGGGCCUUGAAACUGACACGUGACCGCUACGUUCAGGAUCACUUGUCAUCGACCUCCACGAACUCCGAAGCAGCACGAACACGUGAUGUACAAUCACUGAGGAAUGACGUCACUUCAUUCAGAUUCUUUGCCCAAGACCGCUUGGAGGCUCUCAACAAAAAUCUCAUCCUGUCCAACGAAAAGUCAUCCGAGUUGCGCCGAAAGCUGGAUGACUUGGACCCGCUGAAAGGCUUGAGUAUCGACGUAGUCGGGGAGGCUACCCAACUGACCGAGAACAUCGACGAGCUGUCCCGAGAGGCAGACGGGUUGAGAGAGGAACAGACGACGGAGAUUACUGACAGGGACCAGGAGGCUGAAGACCUACGGGACAAGAUCGCCGCUCUCCAAGCCAAGAUACAACAGCUCAUGGCCAGUCACUCCACUGAAUUGGCCAAGAGGGACGGCCAUGAGGCGCAUCUCAGUGAUCUCAUCAGCGGACUGGAGAGGGAUAAAUCCAGCCAGAAGGACGAGCUGGAACGCCUUCGACUAGACAAAGCUGAGCUAAUCAACAAUGUGGGGAGGUUGCUGGAAGAGAUGGGCAAACUGCAACUCCAGGUGGCCAAACUCAAACAACAGAUACCUGCACCGACCGUAGAGGUUCCUGAUGAACCGGAGCAGGAACGCCUUGGUUUCUUCCGACGGAUCGCUAACGUGGUCGAGAAGAAAAUUACUGACCUCGGCGAGGGGUUGACAGCGGGUGGAAAAUAUGAAGACAACUUGACAGGGGAAAGUGAGCAAUCACAGACAGGAAGAGAAAAACAAGAUCCUAGCCCUCUAGAACGAGAGAAAGAAAAAGAGUUACGGGCAGAACCAGAAGCAGACGUUGAAGCGGCGAGAGUUCCAGAGACGUCAAAGAAAGAAAUCGAGGUACAAAAGGAAUCAAGCGAGCAACAAAUGGCAAGUCCAGCUCAGCAGGUAGAUUCUAGAUCCGAUCAAAUGCCUCUCGAACCAAAGGAUGUCAAGAGUCCACGUCAACAGCGUGAAAUGAUUGAGGAUCCAGCCCUAGAUACAAAGGAACAAGUAGAAAAAGAAGAACCAGAACCCGAGAGAGAACAAGAGCAAAGAUCAAGCGCUGAGACAGAGCCUACCACUUCAGUCGAAGCACCUGCCUUCCUACCCGAUCCAGAAACCGAGUCCGCACGUGCCGAGGCACCCAAAGAAGAGCCAGAUUCGGUGGCAGAUUUAGAAGUGACUGAUUAUUUCAAAGGAAUCGAGGCAGAGUUACAAAGUGAACCGGAGCAAAGUCUAGAGAAAACUACAUAUGAGGAAGCAGGGCAAAGCCUGGAAGCCGAGGAAACGCCUUUAGAGGCAGACACCCUGCCCGAACAAGCUAAGAUACAGAGACACCGGGCUGAAGCAGUUCAAGAUCUAGAUGUUGAUGUCGAAGUUGAAAACGCAGCACCACAGUCCGAGCAAAGGAAGUAUGUUACCACGGAUGAUCUAAGAUCAUCACCCUUUGAAGACAUAGAUUUGCCACCGUCCCCAGACACCUCACCCGUCCCAGUACAGGAACCGAAACAGUCAGAAGAAUCAUUUCAAGAUCAAAUGGUACAGGUAGAGCUUGCAUCACCAGACAAAGAGAGUGAACCUAAACAAGAGCAAGAUUUUCAAACGACAGAUGCAGUUCGAGACGCCCCGGCCAAGCAAGUAGAGGAACAAAAACAGCAGCCUCAAUUAAUUCAAGAACCAGAGUUGGAUACAAGUCUCAAGACACCCGAGAAAGAGAGUAAUUUAGAGCAGGCUCCUGACAUAUCGACAAGUGAAGCUGGGUCUUCCUUCGUGGAAAUAGAUCUGCCAUCAACUCCAGCAUCAAAGCCAGCAGAAGAGGCAGGUGAUAUUGGAGAAACCAAGAAAACGGAAGAUACACAACAUGAAGAGGAUCUCGAGACGAAAUCGGAAGAGCAAGAUACUGAAGAAGAACCGGUGAUUUGGCAGUUGUAAUUCCUCGACCCUAAGUAAACCCACGCUUUCGACUUUGGCAAACGGGAUGAUCGAAUCACUCUCCUAUAAAAUACACAAAAAAAUAUCUCAUUGCGGACAAUACCUCGGCAAUUGUUGGCUGUGCCAAAAUCCAUAGACGUAUUUGUAUACUGUCUUUGAAUGAAGUGAUUUAUUUUGGUGUGAAAGUUUUAAAAUUGUUUAUACCACAGUGGGGUCUGUGUCCUUUAUAACUGUUUCGAUAUGAUACUUGUUAUACCGCUUUCUGCUAUAAUUAACAAAUAGUUUAUCCUCAGAUAAAACAAACAAAUUGAGAUUACAUAUUAUGCCAGUAUUGUCAGCCGAUAUGUGUUUUCGACUCCUCACAAUGUACAUGUAUUAUGUCUUAUGUCGUCCUUUUUAUUGUGCUUGAAUUCACUAACAAUACUUAUACUAAACUAAUUAAUAUACCAUCAGUGUCUUUAUGUUACCGAAACAUUAAGCUGAUCUUAUUUCUCCAAGUUUUUAAGGCCAAAAGCCGAGUACUAAUUGGUCCUCCUUUUUUAAGUAAUAAUGCAAACAAAAAUCGUUCUAUAGCAGGAUGAUUAAAAAAAAAAGCGACCAGGAUUAAUGAUUUGUUUCCUAAAAAGCAAUCAAAUUUGAUGCACCAACGAUGAUGUCUCAAAUCAGCAUAUUUUUUUUGGGCAAUGUAUAUAUCCCGGCAAUAAUGUGUUGAAAACCAUGGACGUAUUUGUACGCACUGUCUUUGAAUGAAGUGAUGUUGUGUGUGUGGUAAAGUUAUAAAAUUGUUGAUACCCGAGUGGGGUCCGUGGCAUACAUAAUUUAGUGGUCAGACUUGAGUGGGGUCCGUGAAAUACAUAAUUUAGUUGUCAGACUUGUUAUAAAUGUACAUUGUACCUCUCUGCUAUAAUUAACGAACGGAUUAUCCUCAGAUAAAACGAUGAUCACAUGUACCUGUA